AUGAAUCCCAUAGAUGAUAAGAAGGAAACAGUAACAUUUAGAGCAGUAAGUCAUGAUGAAGAAGGCAAAACAAAGAUAACUAAGCUUGAGACUAACACACAUAACAUAGAAACCCUAAAACACAUGGAAAAAAAACUCGUAGACAAAGGUGUACAUAGAAAAGAUCGUCGUCCGAUAGAUGGAAUACCGUUAAAUAAACUAUCGAAAUCGGGACAUGGUGGGAAAUUCACGUGGGAAGGACCGCGAGACGCGAUGGAAUAUGAACUCGACGAUGAUUUACCCGUGGCUAUAGACGAGAACGAUCCGAAUUAUGUUGACGAAGAGGAGGAAGGGAGGUUGUUGAGAGGUGAAGUGAGUGGAGUUGAAGGUUUAGUUGUUGGAGAAAUUGAUGUUGCUAAAGUUGUUGAUGAAGGUGUAGCUAGGGUUGAUGUUGUUGAUCGUGUUUUACAAGAAAAUAUGUGAGUUUUUAUGUAUAUCGUAAGUUCAAUAAGAUGUUACAUAUACAACGUAA